AUGGAACACUUAUUUGGAAAUUUCUCUAACUGUGCAAGAGCAGAGGAGAAAUUGCCUCUGAGUCAAAGAAAAAAAGAACUCCUCAAUUGGUUGCAAGAAAAGGAAAACGUCAGUUUUCUAAUUGCACACCCAGAUGACGAAAUUAUGUUUUUUUUUCCAACCAUAAAAUUACUAUUUGAUAAGAAAAGAAAAGAAGAGAUUUUCCUUCUCUGUCUAACAAAUGGCGAUUUUUAUGGCCAGGGGAAAAUCCGAGAAAAGGAAUUGUACCAUGUUUGGUCCUACCUAGGAGGGGUCAAAAACAACUGCAAACUUAUGAAUCACCCGGAUGUCCAAGACGGUUCGGCCGUUUGGAAUGAAAAACACGUUGCGAACAUCCUAAAAGACUACUGCAAACAGUGUAACAUAAGAAAAGUCCUAACAUUUGACGGCUACGGAGUGUCUGGCCACCCCAACCAUAUUAGCACCCAUAGGAGUGCGCGGUAA